AUGACUGACACCCUAUUAGUCAGUCACUAUGGCGAAGAUCUCAGUGAUUGUGGUAACUGGACUAUGCCAUGUCGUACUGUGCGACAUGCUGUAAAGAUGUCCAAUAAUGGAGAUCAAAUUUAUAUUGAUUAUGCACAAGGAAGACCUUAUACGGAAUGCGAGAAUAUGACACAAUCAACGUGCUCUAUCGAGUUGACAAAAUCUGUUUCAUUUCAUGGUAUCAAUGGACGAGCGGAACUUCGAUGUAAAAAAAGUUGUAAGUUUUUUAUCAUAAAGAGCCCAAAUUCUAAUGCAACGCGUAUCAAAUUCGUUAACUUGGUUAUAUCAAAUUCAGACACUGUUACUGAGCUUCACGAAGGAACCAGGUCGGAAUUAGUAUUUCAAAAUAUGUUGGUCAUAGAUAACCUUUACGCUAUAUACAGCAAAUAUUCGAUUGACUGUUCCAUUAUGAUAACCAACUCGAGUUUCGAGCAUAAUUUUCACUGGGGAAUUCAUCUGCGAUGUGCCAAUCUCACUUUUUUUACAAACUCCAGUACCUUCAAAUUAACUCCUGUACAGUCCUUGACAAAUAUUGCUGAAAAGCCAAGACGCUGGCAAAAAACAGAGAUUUUGGUCCGAAAUACGAUCUUUGAUGGUAGAAAUGUUCAAAAAUGCGUCUCAAUGCUCACGAUAAAGCCAUUUGCAGCUAUAUUCAAUGUUACCAUAACUGACUCAGAGUUCAAAAAUCAUGUUGCCAUUUGUAGGUCCAAAUACACAAAUCAGUUUUCUACAUUACGAAUAUACGACCAUCAGUCAACACCACGUAAUAUAACAUUUAUAUUUUUGAGCAAUCUAUUAAUUGAAAAUAACCACAAUAACUGGGCAGCAUUUUCAAUGACUGUCGGCUAUCUGGGUUACACUGAGGUAGAAGAAAUGAUACGAGACAGUAUUUUUAGGAAUAACUCGAUAGCACUUCGGGUUUCUAUUCGGUAUUUUGGUAAGAAUUCUACAACCAAGUUUCCAACAAUAAUUCAUGAGAAUAAUACGUUUGUUGAUAAUAUUAAUGAAGUGCUAAAACCAGAUGGCGCAGCCGCAAUUUACUUUGGCAAUGGUAAAAGCCGAGUUUCAUCAUGUCGUUUCCUUGACAACAGGGCCGGAGGAAAUCCGUACACGGACGUAGUAACAAUUUCUGCAGCGGCGAAAGUUACGUUCUUCAAUUCUCAUUUUGAAAAUCGGCAAACAGAAGUGCUGUCUAAUCAGCUUUUUGCAGCAGGGAAUAGACCAGUUAAUUUCGUUGGCGAAAAUACGUUUAAUUUAGUCGCACUGAAAGACAGACAGACCGUAUUUAUUCGCACACCAACUGUUUUUAAUACUGGAGCUGUGAUUAGGAAGAAUUUUAAGAUAUUUUGUCCACAAGGUUACAAAUUAAACCAGCAGCGACAAUGUGAUGUUAUCAGGAAGGGAAUCAAGUGUUACUAUAUUAAUGUCCAAUGUGAACAGUGUCCAACAGAAACGUACACACUCGAAAGAGGCGAGCUAAUUUUCAAUAAAAGCAAUGAUAUCCAAUGCCAGCAAUGUCCUCGAGGAGGGAACUGUAACAACGGACUUGUCAGAGCCAAACAGAACUUUUGGGGUUACAAAACAAAAAUGAAACUCUACUUUAAUCAAUGUCCACCAGGAUAUUGUUGCCACACCAAGAAUUGCGUCACCUAUGAUAGUUGCUUUGGACUCAGAUCUGGUACACUUUGUGGUCAAUGUUCAGUAGGAAUGUCGGAGAGUUUGUUUUCCACAGAAUGUAUAUCAAACAAAGAAUGCUCCUUAAAUUAUAUUUUUAGUCUUGGUGUAAUUGCAAUGCUAGUUCUAUACCUUGUAUUUUUUCUUUACUAUUCGGAGAUUGUGGACUUUCUUCGAACGAAUUUAUUUAGUAAGGCUUUGUCAUUCUCACUAAAUGGCAGAACUGACCAAAGAAACAAUACUAGUACUGAUGAUAAUACUUCUUCAUCCAGUGGGAUGAUUAAGAUAUUCUUUUAUUACUACCAAGUUUGUAAUUUGUUAAGGAGCUCUGUGGGUUCUUCUAACAAGGUGAAAUUCAUAUAUAAUUUUGAGAAUGUUAUCUCAAAAGUAAUGAAUAUCAUUCUAGUGAAUCUUUCGUCAUUUAAUUGUCUUUUCAAAGACCUUCGUGCUGUUCCUAAGGCAGUCAUACUACAUUCUGUAGGAUAUUUUCUUCUCGCUCUUCUUUGUCUUCUUUAUUUGAUAAGCAAGUUAUCUCUGAUCGUAAGAAGACGAAAAAAUGAUGGUGAAAGAGGAACAACGUUGCAAUAUAUUGCAACAUUAAGCUCAGUUCACAGAGAUAGAGCUACAAGAUUCUCAUUGUCCGAACGAGUUGUUUCUGCCUUCACAUAUAUUUCUUUAUUAAUGUACGCCUCCUCAGCGGAACUCUGCCUCUCACUUCUUCACUGUGUACCAGUUGGUGACAGUCAGGUCUUAUUUCUUGAUGGUAAUAUUAAAUGUUAUCAAACAUUUCAAUAUUUCCUUCUUGCUUACAUGAUUUCUUCCGUAGUUCCAUUUUGUCUUGUUCCUGUCCUCGGUACCUGUCUUUUAAAAAUUCAUCGAAUUGGUGUUAAACAAUUUUGCGCAGCUUGUAUCUUUCCUCUGCCGUUUUGUUGUUGUUGGUUAUAUUUGUUGCUUAAGGAUUUCCGUUGUGGAAAUUCGGGAACGUAUAACACAAUAGAACAAACUUAUACUACGGUAAGACGUAAACAAGAUAAUGACGAAAGACCAAGCCUUAGUAGUGAAGAGAUUACCUUUGACUGCAAUGAGAGCAAUGAAACCACUUUUUCGGAAAAUGAAUCUGCCAUUCUCAGUGUGUUGUUGGGUCCUUUUAGACCUCAUCAAG